UACAAUGGAGACGUAUGAGGGAGACUUUCCGAGAGAACUACAACCAGCCUCUCGUGCGAUACCAACGGACAGCACUCAGCACCUCCUACCCGGCUCUCAGUGUUUGUCAGGAAGAAAAACUUCCUGAAUGACAUAAAGCACAACAAGAGAGGGUCCUUGUCCGUUUCCAUUCUGUCAGUCUCUGCGAGUGAUUAAACGUGCUGAAACUGGCACCAGCGGACAAGCACACAAACAAAGGGCCAUUGAUCGGUCAAGGAUGACCAUGGAAGACACGAGGAAUGAAGCGGACACUGCCUCAACAGUUACGAUGGCUCUCUACAGUGUCAUGUAUCCCGUCUUUGACCAGUUGGAGAGCAUCAACUUAUCAGCUGCACAGACCUUGAGAGCUGCUUUCAUAAAGGCAGAGCAGGAAAACCCGGGUCUGACCCAGGAUAUCGUUAUGAAAAUACUGGAGAAGAAAAAGUUAAGAAUCAACUACAGUGAGUGUCUACUUCGCAUGGCUGGAGAUGAUGUGAAAGAGUUUCUGAUUGACAGGCCAGAGCCCGAGUUCCAGGAGCUAAACGAGAGAGCCCGAUCUCUGAAACACAUCCUCAGCACAUUACCAGAUGAGCUCAAUGACAGAGCAGGCUUCCUACAGACCAUCAAAGACAUUGCCAGUGCCAUCAAGGAGCUGCUCGACACAGUGAACACUGUCUUCAGGAAAUACCAGUAUCGGAACAGACGGGCACUGGAAAGGCAGAAGAAAGAGUUUGUGAAAAACUCCAAGAGCUUCAGUGACACACUCAAAACGUACUUCAAAGAUGGAAAAGCGAUCAACGUGUUUGUCAGCGCCAACCGACUCACUCACCAAACCAACAUGAUCCUGCAGGCCUUCAAGACGGUGGUGUAGCAGCCCGAGAGGACAUUUUGAUAAGAGAAUAGAUGAUGUGAGGCUUUGUAAUUUGUAAAGACUUUUUUUUUAUUAUUUUUUGGCUGUAUAAUUUAUAAGUCUGGGGCUUUGAGGGGAGAUCAGGUAGUCUGAGGUUCAAAGCAAAUCAGGUUGACAGUAAUUGCUUGGGAUUUUUAGCUCUCUUUUAUGUUGUUCUUUUAUCAGAUUCUUAAGUCGAUAUAUCUCCCUUCCUUUAUAUAUUUCCCUCUGUGUUCAGAACGGUGUAGCUCUGAAAAAAGUUCACAAGAAAUGUGAUUAUUCCCCCAUGUCCUUAAAAGUUUGGGGAUUGCACAAAUCUAAAAGAAGUGCAAUGAAAAGAAAUUGUAUUAAGUUUCCAAAUUCUCUCCAUCUUGUCAUUCUUCUAUUGUAAAAGAUCAUCUUGAGCUAUACGGCAGUAUCAUAUACUUGGUACCAAUACUCUGGCACUAUCAGCAUACAUCACAUUUAACUUAAAUCUGAUAUGUUCUUAUCCUGAAUGGAAAUCAAGAUGUGCAGUAAUGUUUAUGCAUUGAAAUGGAGGAUGUGUUCACUGUCUGCUUUCUUUGUGCUGUCUGCUCCACCGUGUGCAUCAUAAAGAACAACACUAAAGGUGAGCAGUAACUCA